AUGAGCAAUCCUAUGCGUAUCUCUGACGAUACUAUAACGAUCCUGAGUCAAGUUUACCAAAAGCUUUUUUUGCAACUCGAUGACAAAAAGCUAGAGACACUUCGGACAAACUUCUACAAAAUAAAUGUGCUAUGUGCUUUUAGCAACCUCGUCCCCAGGGCAUAUUGUAUCUCUUCUGACAUCAGGACGGCGAUAAAAGAGAUACUGGAACAGUUGGGAUUAUGUUCGCUAUACAAACUUUGUGACUUAAUGCAGGCAGAAACAAAAGGAGUAUUAUUUGAUGUAUUUGUGUCCUAUGCAAAACGAGACAAAUCAUGGGUAAAAAAACUUGUGCAAAAGUUGGAAGAUAAUGGCUUUUCAGUUUGUUGGGAUGUUCGUGAUUUUGAUCCAAGUUUAACAAGGAGUGAAAAUCGAGAAAUAAAUGUUAAACACUCUUCAGUGUGUAUUCUGAUAUUUUCUCAGAAUUAUUUAGUUAACAGAUCUGAAUGGCUGUAUUAUCUGCCAUAUUUGAAAUUCAAAAACAAAACAACAGUGAAAGAUUUGUUAGAAUCAAAGGAGAUAUUAUGCAUUUUAAUUGAUGAUUGUGAUAUUCCAGAUGAAUUUUCAGAACAGGUGAUGUUAGAUUGGACAGUAACAGAAAUUAGACAGCAUUUUUGGAGAAAGAUUUUUAAGUUUGUGAAGGCUGUUAAAAAAAGGUUGUCUGUCAAAAAGGCAUUAAUCACAGUCAAUGAAGUGGUACCUUCCCUAGAACUUAAAAAACCUGAUAAAGAUGCACUGGAAUUGUCUCCAAUUGUCAAUGCACAUGAUUACGAAAAGGAGCCAGAAAGUGAACAGAAUGAUAACACCUCAAUUUUUGACAGUCAUACUACAACAGACUUGGGUUAUUUAGAAAGUGAUGAGGCUAUGAAUGUUACAGAUACUGAAGAAGUCAAUGAUGAAUUAAAUUUUGCUGAGAAUACAAUCAAACAAUCACCUGAAUCUUUAAUUGAUGGUGCUGAAUCAAUGCAAUCUGUUAUUAAAUCACCAAAUUAUACUAUGUAUGAUAAUGUUUAUCCACAUUUGAUCUCCAACAGCUUUACUGCUGAAGAUGAAGAUUUGACGAAAGAAGAUAUAAAUAAUUUAACAUUGAAAAUGGAAGAUAUUGAAACAAUAAUGCUUGUAAAUAAACAAAAAGUGCAGGAAAAGUUCAAGUAUAAAAAGAAAUCCAAUCUCGUUUCCUUUCAUUCCCAAUAUGAACAAAUUAAAUUGUUGGAUGCACUUCAAAAUUUAUAUGAACGCCUUUGCAACAAAGUUUCAAUGUGUCAAAAUGUUUUACGUAAGAACUGCUAUAAACGUUUGAUAAGUCGUUACAAUACUUGCAUUAUAAAUGCGCUGAAUGGAAAAAAAGAUAUUGCAAUGUUGAGUGAUUUACCACUGUUAGCUGAUUUUGUGGAUGUUUCAGAUCUUCAUGGUGUUCAGUGCUGUUGUUGUGAUACGCUGUUUCAUUCUCAACGUGCUUUAGAUAUCCAUCUGGAAGAAUGUGUAAAAUCACAUUGGAUAGCAUUGACGAGGUAGAUUUUAGCUUUGACCAGAAGUCUUUUUUUGCUUUUGUGGCAGUUUUUACUUCAUCUUUUACUAUAUUUUUAUAUUUUCUAUGCAUUUUAUACUUUUAAGUACUCAUGGGAAACAAACGUUUAAAAAAUUAAAAGACAACAAAUCUAUUUACUGGUAUAUAUGUUUUUGUUUUGUUAUUUUGUUAAAAAAUGAAUGAUUUAACUUGUUUAAUCUUGCUGACAAAAAAUGAUCAGUUUUUAACCAUCUAUAAAAAAUGAAGACCUCAAAGUUGUAGGUGACUUGAGCUGUUUUCUCACUGAAUAGACAAUUAGGUAGUUUGGUGCUAGAAAUUAAUGAUUUCGUGUCUGUCAGCUCGUCAUAUAGACAGUCCAUCGCUUUUUACAACGUACAUGUUGUUUGCUCCAAUCAGUCAUUUAUUUAUUUGUUUUAUUAAGAUUUCGCUUGGAUCAAUGGUGUAAUUUAAUUAUUUUUAUGAAUAAUUUUUAUAUAGAUUUUUAUUUGGUUUUCUGCUGGUAUGUGAUAAUCUUUAGCAGUUAUACACCAUAAACGAACGAAUAAAAACCCUAUGUGCAACUUAUGGCAAAGUUGUGAUGUUUAUAAAGGACCACUUUUACCUUGAGUGUAUAAAUUUCCGCCGAUUUUAACUCUGUUUGAUUAAACCCGUGAAAUCUAAUUCUUCAGUACAAACAACUAAAUAUAAUUUGCUUUUAUGUAGAUAAUUUUAAUUUUAACAAAAAAGAUUUUUAAAUUCAUUUUUAUUAUUAAAUACGCAAAUUUUUACAUGUGAUUUUUAUAAUUACUAACUUCCAAUUUUGCUAAUGAGUUCCGGCGUUUUGGUUUUUCGCUCAAUAUCAACCUUUUAAAAGCAUGCAGUUGUGUUUAACGACAACGCAAAUUGUGGUAUUGUGCACGAUAAACCUUUAAUAUACCUUAUUUAACUACCCAGCUACAACAUUUUUUUGUCCCCCUUCCUGUAAGACAGGUCUAACAAAGUUCUUAAAUUUGACUGAUUCUAAACUCAAAUAUUUUUAGAAACUUGAUUCUUUAAAGAAAUGUGUAUUGUAAAUAUAUUAUAUAUAUUUUUUAUUUUGUGAACAAAAAAAUAUGUCUACAUUAAAAAAGUAUAAUAGCAAAGAUAAUAUAGAAAAUAUAUAUUAUAAUCAGAUCUAGAACAUCAAUUGUGAAAAAAGCGAUUUCCAACCAUGUUUGAAUAUUAAAGUUAUUUUUGUAGCUUA